AUGCACAAUGAAGUCGUCAUCACAAGGAACCCGCUCAUUACCAAACAAACUGAACAACAACAACAACAACAACAACAACAACAACAACAACAACAACAACAACAACAACAACGACAACAACAACGACUCACACAAGCGUUGUUUGUGCCUGUCGAGAUAUAUCUCAGUGACCUGCCGCCCGACCACGGCUAUCACCACGAUCCUCACGCGACUCCAUAUCCCCCGCGUCAUCACCAAUUGCAGCAGCAACACCAGCUCCCCUCCAUGGCCCCUCCCAGCGCGCCACCGCCGCACCAUACAAACCCAUACCAAGAUCCCACCAUGUCCGGCUCCGCGUCGUCGGUUCCUCCUCAUGCUCCCCCCGGCCCGGGUGGUUCCAGUCACGGCGAUGGAAGCAGCCAUGGCGGCCAAUUACAAUCAACCCCGCCAUCCCACCAGCAGCUACACGAACGGGCGCCCUUGACGGCCGAGGAAAGGAUGCAGCAGGAGCAAAACUUGAAGCCAUACUCGGGGACCGACAGUCAGGGGAGGAUGUAUUCUGAAAUUGAAUACUCAAUGUUCAUCUGCAACGUCAGCCUAUACACAGAAGACGCCCUAAAGGAAGUAAACCUCGUCCGACACACGACCUCAACGCCCUCCAUCUCGUCUACCACCCCAGCUUCGUACGCCUCCCUCGAGCAAACGACGCCCGCUUAUUCGCAUAUUCUCCCGUCGAAUCGAGAUAUGAGCUAUGGGCAUCACCAGGGGAUGCAGUACCAAGGGAACCCGGGCAUGAAUCCGUAUGAUAUGCAGACAAGUCCUUACCACGCUGGCUUUGUAAACGGCAACCCCUACGGCGCCCCCGCUCCCUCGCACUACCAAUACAAUCAACCACUUCCACCCCAGCCCGGGCCUUACGGCGCCCCGCGAGGUCCUUACGACCACCCAACUCAGUAUGGCGGUAUGCACGGUGGUGUAGGCGGACCUCUGCAGCACAGGAUGUCGGUCAGCAGUACUAGUGGCCAGGGCGGACAGCAGCCUCAGGGAAUGUUCACGAGAAACCUGAUUGGAAGCCUGGUUUGCAGCGCCUUCAGGCUGACAGAUACAAACGAUAAGAUUGGGAUUUGGUUCGUGAUGCAGGACUUGAGUGUGAGGACUGAGGGUGUUUUUAGGCUCCAAUUUUCCUUCGUAAACGUUGGCCUCCCCACCCCCCUUCCUUCAGGAUCAUCCGGCUCCGGCACGGGCAUCAACCAAUCCAAGGCUCCGAUCCUCGCUUCCGUCUUUAGCGAGCCGUUCCAGGUGUUUAGCGCUAAGAAGUUCCCGGGAGUGUGCGACAGCACGGCGCUCAGCAAGUGUUUUGCGACGCAGGGCAUCAAGAUACCCAUCAGAAAGGAGGGGGCGAAUAGUAAGAAUAAUGAGGAUGAUGAUGACUAUUAAGCUGGUGGUUUUGGAUACGGUCUAGCUUGUCAGAAAUGGGAUGGCCAUUUUGUUGAAAGGAGGACACCGAGCAGGGUGUGGAUAGACGACCCAACAUUGAUGGGAAUGUUGGAUGCUCGACCCUCACUGCCAGUCACGUUGUCAAAGCUGCCAUCCG